UAUAACAAACUUACCCUAGCCCCCCGACACAUAAACUACUGCAGCAUAAAUAUUGGAGGCUGAGACAGGAGGGGUCAGGAGACACUGUGGCCCCAUCCGAUGAUCUCCCCAGACAGGGCCAAAUAGGAAGGAUAUAACCCCACCCACUUUGCCAAAGCACAGCCCCCACACCACUAGAGGGAUAUCUUCAACCACCAAUUUACCAUCCUGAGACAAGGCCGAGUAUAGCCCACAAAGAUCUCUGCCACGGCACAACCCAAGGGGGGGCACCAGACAAGGCGCCAACCCAGACAUAUUGUUAUGUAUGUGGUUGUAUUUGUGGUGACAUUAAGGCUCCACACUGAACCUUUAAUCUAAGGGUGAGAUGGUAAAGACUUAAUAUAAUUUAUCCUAAUCAGACUAUUCUAAUCUAGUACAUGUAGCCUAUAAUAAAUUGUUGAGUUAAUCUGACCCUCUGGUGAUUUGACCUGAGGCCAAUCUCUUUUUCUCUCUCUAGCCCUGGGUCAAUGUUAUUGCUCGUGCUUUGCAGAGUAGGACUAUAUAUGUAGUUGUGAUAUGAGUUUGAAUUAAACCAGGUCUGCCUUAGAAAAGAAGGACUGGUUAGUGGUUCGUACCUACAGUGUUGCCUCAGUUGCGGUACUGUAUACUAUUAGGCUAGCUGGUAUGGAUAUUCUAGUGAUUCAUUCAUAUAUUAUAAGCCUAUGUGUGUGUGUCAUUACAUUUAUCUAUACAUGUAUUAAUAGGAUAGGCCUACAACAUAUUCAUAACAUUGUAGCUUAAUAAACCUGAAUCCAACAGCCAGGCUAUUCAUUCCUACCACCCAUUAUUUAUUCCAUGACAUACAGCACCCAAGUCGUUAGUGAGUCAACAACCUUGUUAAUGCAUUUUUGGAGAGGAAUGCAAAGUCUUCCCCGCUGGAACAUUUACAUACAUUCACACAAUCAACAGGUAAACACAUGACGUAAGGCCGUCGUCCCUCCCUCUUCUACCCCCACAGUCCCUCCAGCUCCCCCAGCUGCUGUUGUGUCCUGCCUGGCUGCCCGGUGUCUGCUACACUGCUCCCCGCUCUGCCCGCUCCUUCCCCGGACCCGAAGCCCGCCUCGCACCGCCCCGGCUACCGAACUCCCAGUGAAUGCACUAGCCAGCAACCAUGACAGGCAUCGCCGCCGCGUCUUUCUUCUCCAACUCCUGCAGGUUCGGGGGUUGUGGGCUACAGUUCGAGUCUCUGGCCGAGCUAAUCGUCCACAUCGAGGACAAUCACAUCGACACAGAUCCUCGCGUUCUGGAGAAACAGGAGCAACAACAGCCCACCUACCUGGCCCUGAGCUACAUCAACAGGUUUAUGACGGACGCGGCACGUCGGGAGCAGGAGACCCUGAAGAAGAAGGCCACACCCAAACUUUCCCUGUCAAUCACAGGUGGCGUGUCUCGGAACAGCGUGGCCACACCUCCACGGCACAGCAAUGGCAACCUGACUCCCCCCGUGACUCCUCCCAUCACACCCUCCUCCUCCUUCCGUAGCAGCACGCCCACAGGCAGUGAGUAUGAUGAUGAGGAGGUGGACUAUGAGGAGUCAGACAGUGAUGAGUCCUGGACCACAGAGAGUGCCAUCAGCUCCGAGUCUAUCCUCAGCUCCAUGUGUAUGAAUGGAGGAGAGGAGAAACCCUUCGCCUGCCCUGUGCCUGGCUGCAAGAAGAGAUACAAGAAUGUGAACGGUAUUAAAUACCAUGCCAAGAACGGCCACCGGACACAGAUCCGUGUGCGGAAGCCCUUCAAGUGCCGCUGUGGGAAGAGCUACAAGACGUCCCAGGGCCUGAGACACCACACCAUCAACUUCCACCCGCCUGUCUCUGCCGACAUCAUCCGCAAGAUGCAGGGCUAGAAAAAAACAAAAAACAUUUCCCUAUUCCUCACCAGCACUCCCAACCCCAACCACCCCACACUUUUUCAAUGUCAAUAUCCACCCCACCUUGACCAACCAACCAAAACAUAUCCCUAUGCCUUCUGGCCCAACCUUAGGGAUGACAACCCAAACCUCUAUCCCUUCUGGCCCAACCUUAGGGAUGACAACCCAAACCCCUAUCCCUUCUGGCCCAACCUUAGGGGUGACAACCCAAACCCCUAUUCCUUCUGCCCCAACCUUAGGGAUGACAACCCAAACCCCUAUUCCUUCUGCCCCAACCUUAGGGAUGACAACCCAAACCCCUAUCCCUUCUGCCCCAACCUUAGGGAUGACAACCCAAACCCCUAUCCCUUCUGGCUCAACCUUAGGGAUGACAACCCAAACCCCUAUUCCUUCUGGCCCAACCUUAAUAUGCUGACCACACCGCCCACGUUGCAAAAUAAAUGUACAGAUCCAUGUUAUUCAGUCAUUACACCCACACUGCUGGUGUCUGUUCUAUUUGUGAUGCUUAACGCACUGCAAGUCCCGCCUCUCCCAUCUCAUUGGUUUUUAGGAGCAUAUGCUCACGUGGGUGAUUGAAAGAUGAACUGAGGUCCACACUCCAGUCCAGUCUGUUGUGGUAAUGCGCCUUAAAGUUGGUUGCCAAGCACCAUAUAAAAUCAGAAAAAGUCUGGAGGAGAGAUUACUAGAACUAAUUCGGUUUAGCCUUUUAUCUGUGGAUUAAUUGUCAGAGGAGAGGACCUUGUGCAUUUCAGGUAAAAUAACAACCCAAUGUUUAUAUCCCAGGACAAAUUAGUUAACAACAGUAAGCUAGCUAGCUAUUGGCAAAAAUGUUUAAUACUUUUCGACCUGUCCCCAAAUUAAUAUAGUUGGUCCAUGGUUUGUUUUGCUAUUUCAACCUGCGUGUCCUGAUUAGCGUCUGGUGUGGGGGGACAAAAUCAACAUGCGAUGUAGCGCACAGACGCACAUGUGGUCUGGUCAGCAUGUAACCUUAGGGGUGACAACCCAAACCCCUAUCCCUUCUAGCCCAACCUUAAGGGUGACAACCCAAACCCCUAUCCCUUCUAGCCCAACCUUAGGGGUGACAACCUAAACCCCUAUCCCUUCUAGCCCAACCUUAGGGGUGCUUAGGGGUGACAACCUAAACCCCUAUCCUUUCUAGCCCAACCUUAGGGGUGACAACCUAAACCCCUAUCCCUUCUAGCCCAACCUUAGGGGUGCUUAGGGGUGACAACCUAAACCCCUAUCCUUUCUAGCCCAACCUUAGGGGUGACAACCUAAACCCCUAUCCCUUCUAGCCCAACCUUAGGGGUGACAACCUGAACCCCUAUCCCUUCUAGCCCAACCUUAGGGGUGACAACCUAAACCCCUAUCCCUUCUAGCCCAACCUUAGGGGUGACAACCUGAACCCCUAUCCCUUCUAGCCCAACCUUAGGGGUGACAACCUGAACCCCUAUCCCUUCUAGCCCAACCUUAGGGGUGACAACCUGAACCCCUAUCCCUUCUAGCCCAACCUUAGGGGUGACUACCUGAACCCCUAUCCCUUCUAGCCCAACCUUAGGGGUGACAACCUGAACCCCUAUCCCUUCUAGCCCAACCUUAGGGGUGACAACCUGAACCCCUAUCCCUUCUAGCCCAACCUUAGGGGUGACAACCUGAACCCCUAUCCCUUCUAGCCCAACCUUAGGGGUGACAACCUAAACCCCUAUCCCUUCUAGCCCAACCUUAGGGGUGACAACCUGAACCCCUAUCCCUUCUAGCCCAACCUUAGGGGUGACAACCUAAACCCCUAUCCCUUCUAGCCCAACCUUAGGGGUGCUUAGGGGUGACAACCUAAACCCCUAUCCUUUCUAGCCCAACCUUAGGGGUGACAACCUAAACCCCUAUCCCUUCUAGCCCAACCUUAGGGGUGACAACCUGAACCCCUAUCCCUUCUAGCCCAACCUUAGGGGUGACAACCUGAACCCCUAUCCCUUCUAGCCCAACCUUAGGGGUGACAACCUGAACCCCUAUCCCUUCUAGCCCAACCUUAGGGGUGACAACCUAAACCCCUAUCCCUUCUAGCCCAACCUUAGGGGUGACAACCUAAACCCCUAUCCCUUCUAGCCCAACCUUAGGGGUGACAACCUAAACCCCUAUCCCUUCUAGCCCAACCUUCGGGGUGACAACCUAAACCCCUAUCCCUUCUAGCCCAACCUUAGGGGUGACAACCUGAACCCCUAUCCCUUCUAGCCCAACCUUAGGGGUGACAACCUAAACCCCUAUCCCUUCUAGCCCAACCUUAGGGGUGACUACCUGAACCCCUAUCCAUUCUAGCCCAACCUUAGGGGUGACAACCUGAACCCCUAUCCCUUCUAGCCCAACCUUAGGGGUGACAACCUAAACCCCUAUCCCUUCUAGCCCAACCUUAGGGGUGACUACCUGAACCCCUAUCCCUUCUAGCCCAACCUUAGGGGUGACAACCUGAACCCCUAUCCCUUCUAGCCCAACCAUAGGGGUGACUACCUGAACCCCUAUCCCUUCUAGCCCAACCUUAGGGGUGACAACCUGAACCCCUAUCCCUUCUAGCCCAACCUUAGGGGUGACAACCUGAACCCCUAUCCCUUCUAGCCCAACCUUAGGGGUGACAACCUGAACCCCUAUCCCUUCUAGCCCAACCUUCGGGGUGACAACCUAAACCCCUAUCCCUUCUAGCCCAACCUUAGGGGUGACUACCUGAACCCCUAUCCCUUCUAGCCCAACCUUAGGGGUGACUACCUGAACCCCUAUCCCUUCUAGCCCAACCUUAGGGGUGACAACCUGAACCCCUAUCCCUUCUAGCCCAACCUUAGGGGUGACAACCUGAACCCCUAUCCCUUCUAGCCCAACCUUAGGGGUGACAACCUGAACCCCUAUCCCUUCUAGCCCAACGUUAGGGGUGACAACCUGAACCCCUAUCCCUUCCUCCCACACACUAAAGGAUCUAGUGCAUGCUUUAACUUGUUUAUGUCUUGUAUUAUGUUCUUUGGUUUUCACAUGUUACUCUCUCUUAUUUUAAUAAUUAUGCAUCUUUAUAGGCUUUUUGUUGUUGUUUGUACAUUUGCACAUUCUAAUGCUAUCCCAACUAUUUCCGUGACUUUUUGUAUUGACAUACGGUGCUAACAAAACGAAAACAAAGAAAAGAAAAAGAAAGAAAAAACAAAACAGAAGAAGAGGAGUAAUGUAAAAAAGGAGGAAGGUGUGGAUGUUGGAUUAUACAGUCUAUAUAUAGAUAUAUAAACAAUAGAUGUGUGUAUAUAUACAAAUAUAAGUAUUCAUCAGCAUAUACUAAGUAGUUCCACUUUACUUUCAAGCUUUAUUUUUUUAUAUUCUUUUUCGAUAUUUCCAGAUAUUAUUUUCUUUUGAUAUUUCAUCAAUACGUUUUUUUUCUUCCAUUCCUCAACCCCGAGACAACCUGUUCUGUUGUCACAGGUCAAACUUUAAACAGCUAGGUGACCUCAGGUCUAGAUAUCCCCAGCAGCAAAAACAAAGAGACUACGGCUUGAAUCCUAACUUCAGAUCUGCGUCCCUAAAUAUAUUUUUCACAGUUCUGAUUGAUUUUAAUGCACAUAUUUCAUGUUAGUGUUCAGCCCAAAUAGAGAAACAAGGAAACUAUUGCAUUUCUUCUUUCCCUCUGUUCUAGAACGGUUCUAUUCUAGAAGGUUAUUCCAGACUAUAGUGUGAGCAGACCAGAUGAGGCAUCAUCCUGUAUUCUAGAAGGUUAUUCCAGACUAUAGUGUGAGCAGACCAGAUGAGGCAUCAUCCUGUAUUCUAGGUUAUUCCAGACUGUAGUGUGAGCAGACCAGAUGAGGCAUCAUCCUGUAUUCUAGGUUAUUCCAGACUGUAGUGUGAGCAGACCAGAUGAGGCAUCAUCCUGUAUUCUAGAAGGUUAUUCCAGACUAUAGUGUGAGCAGACCAGAUGAGGCAUCAUCCUGUAUUCUAGGUUAUUCCAGACUGUAGUGUGAGCAGACCAGAUGAGGCAUCAUCCUGUAUUCUAGAAGGUUAUUCCAGACUAUAGUGUGAGCAGACCAGAUGAGGCAUCAUCCUGUAUUCUAGGUUAUUCCAGACUGUAGUGUGAGCAGACCAAAUGAGGCAUCAUCCUGUAUUCUAGAAGGUUAUUCCAGACUAUAGUGUGAGCAGACCAGAUGAGGCAUCAUCCUGUAUUCUAGAAGGUUAUUCCAGACUAUAGUGUGAGCAGACCAGAUGAGGCAUCAUCCUGUAUUCUAGGUUAUUCCAGACUGUAGUGUGAGCAGACCAAAUGAGGCAUCAUCCUGUAUUCUAGAAGGUUAUUCCAGACUAUAGUGUGAGCAGACCAGAUGAGGCAUCAUCCUGUAUUCUAGGUUAUUCCAGACUGUAGUGUGAGCAGACCAGAUGAGGCAUCAUCCUGUAUUCUAGAAGGUUAUUCCAGACUAUAGUGUGAGCAGACCAGAUGAGGCAUCAUCCUGUAUUCUAGAAGGUUAUUCCAGACUAUAGUGUGAGCAGACCAGAUGAGGCAUCAUCCUGUAUUCUAGGUUAUUCCAGACUGUAGUGUGAGCAGACCAAAUGAGGCAUCAUCCUGUAUUCUAGGUUAUUCCAGACUGUAGUGUGAGCAGACCAAAUGAGGCAUCAUCCUGUAUUCUAGAAGGUUAUUCCAGACUAUAGUGUGAGCAGACCAGAUGAGGCAUCAUCCUGUAUUCUAGAAGGUUAUUCCAGACUAUAGUGUGAGCAGACCAGAUGAGGCAUCAUCCUGUAUUCUAGGUUAUUCCAGACUGUAGUGUGAGCAGACCAGAUGAGGCAUCAUCCUGUAUUCUAGGUUAUUCCAGACUGUAGUGUGAGCAGACCAGAUGAGGCAUCAUCCUGUAUUCUAGAAGGUUAUUCCAGACUAUAGUGUGAGCAGACCAGAUGAGGCAUCAUCCUGUAUUCUAGAAGGUUAUUCCAGACUAUAGUGUGAGCAGACCAGAUGAGGCAUCAUCCUGUAUUCUAGAAGGUUAUUCCAGACUAUAGUGUGAGCAGACCAGAUGAGGCAUCAUCCUGUAUUCUAGGUUAUUCCAGACUGUAGUGUGAGCAGACCAGAUGAGGCAUCAUCCUGUAUUCUAGAAGGUUAUUCCAGACUAUAGUGUGAGCAGACCAGAUGAGGCAUCAUCCUGUAUUCUAGAAGGUUAUUCCAGACUAUAGUGUGAGCAGACCAGAUGAGGCAUCAUCCUGUAUUCUAGAAGGUUAUUCCAGACUGUAGUGUGAGCAGACCAGAUGAGGCAUCAUACUGUAUUCUAGGUUAUUCCAGACUGUAGUGUGAGCAGACCAGAUGAGGCAUCAUACUGUAUUCUAGGUUAUUCCAGACUGUAGUGUGAGCAGACCAGAUGAGGCAUCAUACUGUAUUCUAGGUUAUUCCAGACUGUAGUGUGAGCAGACCAGAUGAGGCAUCAUCCUGUAUUCUAGUUUAUUCCAGACUGUAGUGUGAGCAGACCAGAUGAGGCAUCAUCCUGUAUUCUAGGUUAUUCCAGACUGUAGUGUGAGCAGACCAGAUGAGGCAUCAUCCUGUAUUCUAGGUUAUUCCAGACUGUAGUGUGAGCAGACCAGAUGAGGCAUCAUCCUGUAUUCUAGGUUAUUCCAGACUGUAGUGUGAGCAGACCAGAUGAGGCAUCAUCCUGUAUUCUAGAUUAUUCCAGACUGUAGUGUGAGCAGACCAGAUGAGGCAUCAUCCUGUAUUCUAGGUUAUUCCAGACUGUAGUGUGAGCAGACCAGAUGAGGCAUCAUCCUGUAUUCUAGGUUAUUCCAGACUGUAGUGUGAGCAGACCAGAUGAGGCAUCAUCCUGUAUUCUAGAUUAUUCCAGACUGUAGUGUGAGCAGACCAGAUGAGGCAUCAUCCUGUAUUCUAGAUUAUUCCAGACUGUAGUGUGAGCAGACCAGAUGAGGCAUCAUCCUGUAUUCUAGGUUAUUCCAGACUGUAGUGUGAGCAGACCAGAUGAGGCAUCAUCCUGUAUUCUAGAUUAUUCCAGACUGUAGUGUGAGCAGACCAGAUGAGGCAUCAUCCUGUAUUCUAGGUUAUUCCAGACUGUAGUGUGAGCAGACCAGAUGAGGCAUCAUCCUGUAUUCUAGGUUAUUCCAGACUGUAGUGUGAGCAGACCAGAUGAGGCAUCAUCCUGUAUUCUAGGUUAUUCCAGACUGUAGUGUGAGCAGACCAGUUGAUGCAUCAUCCUGUAUUCUAUUCCAGUUGCCAAGUAUUGUUUCUGGUUACUUUUCCAUGAUCAUUGCCAACAGCUCUCUACUGCCAAACAUUUACAUGACCAUGUGCCUGAGGGGGGAGGGGGAGAGAGACUGUCAUACGGUUUCAUCAAAGAGGUGCGCAAGCGUGUCAAGAGAACACGGGUCUCAUUGCGCCUCCAGUGUGUAUGUGUGUGUGUGUGUGUCGAUGGUAUGUUUUGUUUUUGUGCAUGUGUUUGUCUUAGGGUGUAUCUCCAGAGAUUACACCUACAAACUUUGAUUGCCUUGCGUUGUAGACUACAGCAUUCCAGUACAGUCUGUGUGAGUGUGUUGCUUCUUAGCCAAGUCUUUCUGCAGUAUCUGAGCUUUUCAGCUUCUUGUGUUAUUAUUCCGCCUUCUGUUACAGUCCUCCAUAGUGUUAUAAUAUACGGCUGUCUCAAAUGACACCCUAUUUUUGUAUACGGGGAAUAGUGACAUUUUAGAUGAGUCCUGUGUUUUAAAUGCCACCCUAUUCCAUAAAGUGCACUACCUAUGGAAUGCCAUUUGGGAUGCAGAUAGUGUCAUAACCAGGACCUUGCCCAUAGCCUCCUGCUUUACAGAAGCAGUCUGAUGUACUGUCAAAUUGUGUCAAGGUAAGCAUGUUCUGGCCUAUUUGUGAUACCAUGCCUUCAGAGUACAACAGAGUGGUGUAGUGUCAAAAAGUGGUGCCCGUUGGCAAAAUGUUACCCCGUGCCAGGCCCAAAAACAUUUCUAACCUGUUCUGUACUGUGAUAAUGGUCUGAGUCUAAUGGUACCCCAACACACAUGCUUGACUGUUGCCAUAACAACCCUUGACAUGGGCGUGGCAAAGUGCACCUGUAUUCACAAAGCGUCUCAGAGUAAGUGCCUCGCUAAUAACAGAAGCCUUUGAAACCAUAAUGAAUACGAGCGGGGACCUGAUCCUAGAACACCACUCCUACUGAGACACUAUGUGAAUACAGGCCCAGCAUACGAGAAAGAGGAAGGUAGCAUUGUUUAUGAUUGUGGCUGUACAGAAUGCGAGUCUGUGCCAGGUUUUCCGUCCUUGGAAGCCUUGGCCCCAGCGCAUUUUGGCGAGGGGACAGAGACCAGAGUUCACCAGUUCGGGAUCUGUCAAACACUUAUAAACCUGUCCUCUCCCUGCAGAGAUGCAGGUCACUAUGGUUACAGUUUAAAAGGGAGCCUGACAGUAUUACACAGCGGGGAUGUGAGGAGUACAGUACAAGCGUGUGUGAGGGGGACUAUUCCGAUAUAUUGUGUACAGUGAAUGUAUUGUAAUGUGUGUCAAGUGCGUUUAAAUUAUAUUUUCAUAUGUUAAGUGGAGAACAAUGUUUCCUAUUUGUACGGAGGCAACAGAGGGUGUGAGGAAGGAGACCUGUGUACUAUAUCAAACUGUUUUUACAUAAGCUGCUGCUUCAUAAAUGUGAACACUAUUACAUUAAAAAUAAAGAGAACAUUAGCCAGAA